AUGUGUGGGCGGUUUUCGGGGGCCCUGCUCGCCGUGAUCGCCCUGGUGUGGAGCCUCGCCGGCGGCCAGCCGGCCGUCUGCCCGCCGCCCGACUUCGACGCGGUCAGGGGCCUGGAUGUCGCCAAGUUCGCGACGGCGCCGUGGUUCAGCCAGGCGCAGGUGCGGCCGGCAUGCUGCCCCUGGGAACGGCUGCCCGGGCGGAUCUCGGCAGGGGAGGGUGGGCGCGAAUUUUUGACGGGCGAAUGGGCGGCUGAAAGGCCGGGAUGGAGUAUCGCCCGUCCGAGAUUGACGCACGUGAGGUUUGAGUUCCGCGGCAGGGCAAAUUUGGGCACCGAUUUUUGUGUCGGUGGGGCGAGGCGAUCCCGGGGGCGGUCGGAUGGCCGUGCUAUGUUCCAGCGCUUUGGAGGGGGUGUGGGGAGGAGGACCGCGGGGCUUGGAAGCGGGGUUUUGUUGGGUGGCACGGCAAGAGAGGUGAGGGGUCGCAGCGAUCGGUGA